GCGAGCCUGAGCAAUAACGACGUGUUGGAUUCACUUGUGCAGGAUUCAAGCUGUUUCCUUCUUAACCAAUGUACACUUGGAAAAUGAAUAAAAGGCGGGUGUUUGAACAGCCAAAGACCCAGCUCAAUAGCGGCAACUUCGGCACGGUGUUUAUAAUGUUGGGGGCGGGGCACUUCAGAUUCUUGAGAGCAUUUGUUUGUACGGAAAAUCUAAUGAGAAGCCGAAGUGCAGGGCGAUGUCAUCAAAAUUGUUGCGUCGUAUUGGUGGUAGAGAAACUUUACAUUUUGAAUGCAUACAUCUUCUAAAUGCGAAUUUUGUCAUUGUUUUGGAGCACACUUGCUUAUAGAUAACCUGAAGCCCAACAUAUUCCUACUAAAAGCCACAAAACUUCGAUUUUGAUUUCAUGGGGGCUUCAUCUCAGGAGCACUAGUAUGACCCAAAAAAUGCUGCCUUUCUUGAGAGCCUCCUCCCAAGUGAAUGAUAGUAAUGAUAUUUUAACAACAAAUCUGUUCUUAAAACAAUAUGCAAGUUGCACAGAGUUUUUAGAAGUUUUUUUUUUUUCUUUGAUUUUAGAGCAUUAUGAGGACCACUGGUUUCCUGACGCACCGUUUAGAGGUUCGGGAUAUCGCUGUAUCCGGAUCAAUCACAAGAUGGAUCCGCUAGUAGGGAAGGCCGCUUACACCAUCGGCCUCAGCAGGGAGCACCUUUUAUCCCUCUUACCCUGCGAGCUUACGAUGUGGGUCGACCCCUACGAAGUGUCCUAUCGUAUAGGGGAGGGCGGGUCCAUUGGUGUACUAUAUGAGUCCACACCGCCGCCGGAGACUCAUCUGAACUCUGUGGACAGCUGCAAAGAGAAACUGAGACUGGGUCACUCGAGAACUGUGAUGACUGUUUCCAGCUAAUGUCUCAUUUGUUUUAUACUUUUUUUUUUUUAAUGACUUUUGGAAAUUGAAUAUAUUUGGAUUCAAUACUUGAUUUUAAUGCCUGUACAAUUUUGUAAAUUUUUUUAUACGUUUUUUCAUAGUGUUACAUAUUAUGCAAAUAAAAUAUAAAAUAUACUACAUAUACAGUAAGUGCACACUUUAUGUGUAACUGUAGCCCAUUUGUUGCUAUACACAAUUUCUAACCCCUCUUUACCACAUCCAUCAGUGGGAAAGGUCCAUCAUAGGACCACACUGAGCCACUCAUACCAGUGGCAGACUCACUACUACGUCAGUGUUGCUUCUGUGAAAAUUAUCAGCCACCCAAAUAAUAUCUGCUCAGAUGUACCAUAUGGUGGUCUGAAUUAAUUUUCACGUGGUCAUUAAGAUAUGAAUUGAAUAAGGUCAAACAUCUGCUGUACAGUCACGACACUACGUGUUACACCUUACAUAUUUCUAAUGGUUAUGAGAUACAAAAAUGUUGGUGUAUGUGAAGUUUACUUAUCACAAGAUAAUGUACAGUCUCCUCUGAAAGUAUUGGAACAGCGAGGCCAAUUUUUGGUUUUAGCUAUACACACUGACAACAUUUGGGUUUGAGACCAAAAGAUGAAUAUGAGACAAUAGAUCAGAAUUUCAGCUUUCGGUUCCUCAUAUUUACAUCUAGAACAUGAGAGAAUAUGGUAUCUUUGGU